AUGACGGCCCGCCCAAGUGGGCAGUGCUGCCGCCUCGCGUGCACCAAGGCAUCAGGGGAGGUCGAGGGGUACUGGAGCUCCAUACUGGAGGGCGUGGAGAAGCCGGCCGCCAGGAAGCUGGUGAAGCUGCUGGACCCCAGGCAGCCCAUGGGACUGCCGGCGCCCAAGGUGGAAGAAAGCAACGCCAAACGCUCCGGGCCGGGGAAAGUCCCCCUGCUUAGGUUUUUCCUGGCGACCAAGGCCAAGUACCCCAUGCAUGUGCUCCUUGUGCGGGUUGGAGAGUUUUUUGAGACUGUGGGCAUCGAUGCGGUGUUGCUGGUUCAGCACGCCGGCCUCAAUCCCAUGGGCGACCCGGAGUCCACCGGCGCCCUGCCGCGCGCCGGCUGCCCGCGUCAGAAUCUGCGCCGCACGGUCAGCGACCUGGUCGAGGGCGCGGGCCUGUCGGUGGUGGUGUGCGAGGAGGAGCCGGAGGCGUACAGCUACGGCUCGGUGCGCGCGCGCCAGAAGACGCGCUACGUGGCCGCCGUGGUCACCCCCGCCGCGCCCCACUUGCUGCUGGGCCUGGGCGGGGGCGACGCCGACGUGACACUGGAGUCUGUGCCCCCCGUCCUGGGCCUGUCGCCCAGCGUGGGAGGGUACACCCUGAUGGAGGUGCAGCCUGAGCUGCGGCGGCUGGUCGUCACAGAGGGCCUCACCGAGGACGCCAUCCACUCCCGGCUGUACGAAGGUGGCCUCGUCCCACCCCUCUUCCUGCACACGCCGCCGGGCCCCUCCGACGCUCGCCUGGGGGAGGCGGGGGCGGAGGCUGAGUGGGAGCUGCGCAUCCGGGAGCUCUUCCGGCACCAGGUGGGGGCCGUGGUCAAGUACGAGGCGGCAGACCCGGUGGAGGGCAUGCUGACCAUGCUGCGGCGCCAGCUGAAUCUGGACCCCAGCUUGCCCUUCACCACCACGCGCUCCAUCGCUAGCGACCGCCCGCGCCCCCUCUACUUCUCCUCGGCGGUGAACCUGGGCCUGCACAAGAGCAGGGGGGUGCCCCCGCUGCUGGACUGCUUCACGGUGACCGCGGCCGCCAACCUGGUGCUGAAGAUUGAGCAGCGCCAGGCCAGCGACGUGUUUUAUCGAGAGCUGGCGGAGCUUUGUUGGGCGGUGGAACAGACGUGCUCAGACCCAGCUCAUGCCGAGCUGGCAGAUGCACUGCUCACUGUCUCCCAGAUGGAAACGGGGCUGUUGUUUGGCCGUGAGGAGCUGGCUGAAGCAACCAGGUCGACCCAGCAACUGAUCCAUGAGGUGAUAGAGCCGCAUCCUGGACCUGGCCCCUCCCCAGUCAACAGCGAAGAUGCAGGGUCCUCCCCCAGCACGAGCGGGGGCUUGGAGGUGAUGGCCGCCUUCAUCCGCAAGAACGAGGACUUCCGGGGCAAGGUCAAGGCCGACAGGCUGCCAGCGGUGCACACAGCGGUCAUGAAUGCAGGACUGAGGUUGGAAAAGGAGCUGCGGGCCAUCUACGAGCCACUCCUGGAAGCCUCGGUCAGGGCGGGUGACCCAGUAAAACUGCGACCCAUGCUGCGCCUGGAUGAACACAACAAUGCCGUCUGGCUGAGGCUCCCUCGGGCCUGCUCCGCACUCCACCUGGCAGACGAGCUGGGGCUUUGGCACCCCAAGGAUCGCAUGGGAAAGUCGGAGCCCGGUGCCCACUCCCACUCGGCCGUCGACUCUGCCACGGAUGACUACCGGCGAGCAUGCUCCGAGGCCUCCAGGGCCGUGCGUCGUGAGCUGGACGACCUGGCUGCCAGGCUCCAGCCCAGCCUGCCGCUGCUGGUCACGGCCUCCAUGCUGUCCAUGAUGGCGGCGGCGCUGGAGGGCCACACAUGGCGGGUCUCUUCCUGCUCGACCGGCCCCAACAUGGCGGGCAAGUCCACGCUGCUGCGCUCCACCGCGGCCGUCGCGCUGCUGGGCGCCUGCGGGCUGGCCGUCCCCGCGCGCGCGGCGCGCCUGCCCUACCUGGACGCCUUCAUGCUGCGCAACUUCAGCGCCGACUCGCCGCUGGAGGGGCGCAGCUCCUUCGCAGUGGAGAUGACCGAGAUGCGGUACGUGCUGGAGGACGCCUCGCCCCACUCCCUCGUCCUCGUGGACGAGCUGGGGAAGGGCACCGAGGCACGCGCCGGCGCCGCCCUGGCCGGCGCGCUGCUGGAAAGCCUGGACGCCACGGGCUGCCGCGGCGUGUUUGCCACGCACCUGCACCCGCUGCUGGAGCUGCCGCUGCGCCUGCGUGCCACGUGCCGCAUGCGCAUGGCCACGUGCACUGAUGCCAGCGGGGCGCGCCGGCCCACGCUGCGCAUGGUGCCGGGGUCGAGCACCGAGUCGCUGGCGCUGGAGGUGGCCAGGGCGCAGCGCCUGCCCGCGCGCGUGCUGGAAAGGGCGGCUGCCCUCUACGCCGACGUCCAGGCCUUGCACGCCGCGCCGGAGGGCGGGAGGGGGAGAUUGGACGACGACGACGACGAGGCCGCGGGCCGGAGUGGUGACGCUGCGGUGGCCGCAGGACGGGGCAUUGCCACAGACCUGACUGAAACACGGGGUCUCGAGCCCGCCAGCGCCCCUGCCACUCUGAAGCUGAGGUCGCUGGCAGAGGCCGGGGAGCUGCUGGCACAGACUGCUAGCAGGGUGCUGGAGCAGCUGGGGGCUCCUGGUGCGGCCAGCGCUGGCCGAUCCCCCGCGCCAGCCAUCGACGCUCUGUCUCCGCCCGAAUCCCCGGGCCCCACCCCGGCGCCGGCGCUCAGCCCCCUGGCCGUCGUCAGGGCGGGCCAGACCCCGCCCCCGAGGACAGUCGGCCUGUCCUGCGUCUACGUCGUCAGGCGCACCGACGGCUGGUUUUAUGUCGGGUCCACGGAUUCAAUAAAGGAGCGGCUAGCCACACACAGGAGGAGGAGCGGGGCAUCCAGGGUCAGAGAUCCGCAGGCCGAGGCGGUGUAUAUGACUGUGACGGGGGGCGAAGGGGCCGGCAGCUCGGCACGGGCCAUCGAGGCCGCGACCAUCCACGCCCUGCGCACAGCGGACUUUCCCCUCCUCUCGUCUGCGGAUGCUCGUCUGCGGCAGAACCCUUCCUUUGCCUGA